AUGGUUAUGGGUGGGAGUUCUCAUCCGCAUUUUGUAUCUAACGCUGAAGGAGAUGGAGUUAGUAGGGGCGAUGCGAGAGAACUACAAUUAACUUGGACACCGACCCACUCUCAGCUUCCUGCCGCCAAGCAUUCAGCGGCGGAGCUUAUCCCUGGCGGUAACUGUGAGUCGGCUCAGUUUGGAAUCGAAAAACAUUCGAAUGCUGCUCCUGACGUUAUUGUCUUUUUCCCGGAGAUCGAGGAAGUUAAAAGUCUAGUUAGACCGACAGUUCGAGAUGCUUGUGAACAGAAAGCGGAGGUUGCUGCACAACACCGAUUGAGAUAUGCUUCUUUUGGAAGUCCCAGUACUUCCUCAUCUUUUAUGCAUAAUGGAGAAUGUUUCUCCUUUUAUGAAGAAUGCCUGCCGAUUGACACCGCUGUUAAUGAUCGGAUUUGCGCAUGUGAAGAACAGUCAAUACUCACUACAAGCAUAAAGGCAGAGGACCCGGGCAUUAUACCCUCACAGGGUGCAAUCGCGCGAGUUGGAAGAAAUUGUGGAGAAGGUCUAGCAAAACGGUGCUCGCCAAUUUCUCAUCCCUUGACGAGACAAGAGACGUCUGGUAUGAUGAGCGGCGGCACAUCCUCAACCAAUGGGACAGCUAUCCAUCAGGGCACUUUAGUUUUUGCUCCGAGACCAGAUACAGAAGGUUCCCUCUUUGUGGCACCCAGUGCUUCUUGCGGAAUUGCAGGGCCAAGAGAGGAUAUGUUUUUGUUUCAGGCCCCAGAUUCUCGCCGAGAAAGCACUUUGAGCCCAGAGAACUUGAUUGCAGUAGCCACACCGCGUGCAAUUGACCCAUUUCGUUUGGAUUCUUCUAAUGUGCAGAAUAAUCUUUCCCUUCCCCUUGUUGUGGCAGAUGACUCAAGUGAUGUAAAGUUAAAUUUUACUCGAUCUUUCUCACGUACUGAUAACGACCCAGCGGUCGGCAGACAGGUGAAUACGCCCAAUUUGGGUUGCGAGUUACAUCGGCAGUCUGGGGGCUUGCGUUCUUUUGGGAGUGCAGAUGAAGCUUCGGAGGAUAUGUGGCAAGGAAGGGGCUCACAGAUGCACGGGCCGUCUGCUAUUUCUCGUGGGGCAAUGGGCAACGUCAGCGGCAGUGCAGGUGAGUGCCGGUUUGGGCCGUUGUUUGGGGAUAAUCUGAACGGUAAUUUGUUUGAAGAAGGUUUUUUUCUCUUUUCUUCCCACCAGAUGCAAAUACCACCCUUUAGAAAGCCCGUCGAUAUCACGCCGCUUCUUGAAAGGGCUGAUCGUGAUCUGGCAAGUAAAACAACGCUUCUCGUACCUGUAUUGUCUUCUCAAGUUCCCGGGGUCGAAGAAGAAGGGGUCAGAAGUUCACGAGACUCUCUUACAUUGGAAUCAAUCUCCUGGCUAAACUCACUUGUUGAUCCACAUGCCAGUCGACGAAAGUUUUGA